UUAACCUUAUUGCUUCACCUUUGAAGAGUUGACUUCGAUUCUUUGAUGGAGUUCGCAUCUUCAUCAUCAUCAUCAUCUUCGUCCUUCUUAAAAUCAGAACCCCAUUUCAUAUACGACGUGUUCAUAAACUUUGGGGCAAAAGACAUCGGUAGAAGGUUCGUUUCUCAUCUCCAUUCCGCCCUUUUACAAGCUGAAGUAAAAACAUUGAUUAACGAGGAGAAUCCGCAAGAGGGAAUGAAUCUGGAAGAACACCUGCGAGCAAUAGCCGGCACCAAGAUCACAAUAAUUGUUUUCACCAAAACAUACACCGAAUCUACCAGGUGUCUUCUUGAGCUUGAAAAAAUCAUUGAAUGCCACCAAACUUUUGGCCAAAUAGUUCUGCCUGUAUUCUACGAGAUUGACCAAUUGGAUGUACGUUAUCAGGAGGAUGAUUUUGGAAAAGCGUUGGAAGAAGCUGUAUACAAAAGCUAUUCAGGAGAACAACUGGAACAUGCGUUGUCCAGGUGGACUGAUGCACUCACCACAGCCGCAGGUAUUGAUGGUUGGGAUCUCAGAGAUUUCAGGCAUGAUGCUCAACUUGUGGAUGUGAUUGUUAGUCGCGUUCAGACAUUGUUGGACUAUGCAGAGUUGGGUAUUACCCGAUUUCCUGUUGGAUUACAGUCGCAAGUGGAAAAGGUGAUUGAAUGUAUCGAAAAUCAUUCCACCAAAGUGUGUGUGAUAGGGAUAUGGGGAAUGGGAGGAUCGGGUAAAACUACUAUAGCCAAAGCUAUCUAUAAUCGAAUUUAUCGUCUAUUCAUUGGUAAGUGCUUUAUUGAAAAUAUUGAAGAAGUUCGGAAUCGAGUAUACAGAACGAAUGUUCAUUUGCAAGAAAAACUUAUUAAUAAUGUCCUAAAAAGCGAGGUGGUGGUGACAGGCCUUGGGAUGGGAAAACUCGUAAUCAAGACCGAACUUUCCCGGAAAAAGUUGCUCAUUGUACUUGAUGAUGUGAAUAAGUUUGGCCAAUUAAAACACCUUUGCGGGAAUCCCGAAUGGUUCGGUCAAGGAACGGUGAUAAUCAUUACAACCAGAGAUGUUAGCCUGCUGAACCGACUCAAAGUUAAUUAUGUUUAUCAAAUGAAUGGUAUGAACGAUAAUGAUUCCCUUGAGCUUUUAAGUUGGCAUGCCUUUGGAGAAGAAAAACCAAGAAAAGAAUUGAACGAACUUGCAAGAAACAUAGUUGCUUAUUGUGGAGGACUACCACUAGCCCUUAAGGUCUUUGGUGGUAUGACAAUGAAAGAGUGGGAAAGCGUAUCAUCAAAACUACCAGUAAUUCCCUUUGCCCAAGUUAAAGAGAAAUUGAAAAUAAGCUUUGACGGUUUAGGUGACAUGGAAAAGGAUAUAUUUCUUGAUGUAUGCUGCUUUUUUAUUGGUAAAGAGAGAGGUUAUGUCACAGAGAUACUAAAUGGUUGUGGACUACAUGCUACUAUUGGAAUAACAACUCUCAUAGAACGUAAUCUCAUAAAAGUUGAAAGGAACAACAAACUUGAAAUGCAUCCUUUGUUUCGAGACAUGGGAAGAGAAAUUAUUUUCCGAAGAUGGCCAGAGGAACCGGGAAAAAGGAGUAGAUUAUGGUUUCAUGAAGAUGUAAAAGAUGUCCUAGAAAAAAACACUGGAACAAAAGCUACUCAGGGAUUGUCCCUAAAACUGCCUUCAACCAAUAGAAAUUGCUUCGAGGCUCAUGCUUUCAAGAAAAUGAAGAGAUUAAGACUGCUACAACUGGAUCAUGUACAACUUACUGGAGAUUAUGGGCACCUUUCUAAACAACUGAGAUUGAUUUGUUGGCAAGGGUUUCAUUCUAAAUACAUUCCAAACAACUUUCAUAUGGAAAAUGUAAUUGCAAUGGAUUUGAAGCAUAGUCAUCUUCAACUCGUCUGGAAACAACCGACAUGGAAAUCACCACUCUGGAAACAACCCCAGGUUUUAGAGCACUUAAAAUUCCUUAAUCUUAGUCACUCCAAGUACUUGAGAGAAACACCUGACUUUUCAAGACUACCAAAUCUUCGACGGCUCAUUCUAAAAGAUUGCCCAAGUUUAUGUAAGAUACACUCAUCUAUUGGAGAUCUAUGCAAUCUACUACUGAUAAAUUUGAAGGACUGCACAAGUCUAAGCAGUCUCCCCAGAGAGUUAUAUAAUUUAAAAUCUUUAAGAACUUUCAUCCUCACCGGUUGUUUCAAGAUUGAUAUAUUAGAAGAAGAUAUAGUGCAAAUGGAAUCCUUGAUAACUUUAGUUACUGAAAAUACAGCUGUGAAACAUGUGCCCUGUUCAAUUGUAAGCUCAAAAAGCAUUGGAUAUAUAUCUCUUUGUGGAUUGGAAGGAUUGUCACUUAACCUUUUUCCUUCUUUGAUUCGAUCUUGGAUGCCACCAACAAUGAAUCCACAGUCUUAUAUUAGUUUGUAUUGCAUGGAUAUGGAGAAUAAUAACUGGCACGACCUUGCGCCAUUGUUUGGCGGCCUUGGAAAUAUUCGAAGCGUUCUAGUUCAAUGUGACACGGAGUUUCAACUAUUUAAGCAAGUAAAAACACUUCUUGUCGAAUACGACGACAAUUUUACAGAGUCAAGAAUUUCAAAGCAUCAGUUGAGGUUUUCUUUGAUUGGUGUUGGAAGUUACAAUGAAUUAUGCAACACACUCAGCAAUAGCGUUUCUGAGGGAUUGGCAAGCUGUGAGUCUUGCGAUGUUUGUCUUCCAGGUGACAACCAUCCUUACUGGCUCGCCCAUAUCGGUGAGGGACGUUCUGUUUCUUUCACUGUGCCUCAAGAUCGUGAGUUGAAGGGAAUGGUUUUGUGUGUUGUUUAUUUAUCAGCCCCUGAAUUCAUGGCAAAUGAAUGUUUUCAAAGAGUAUUGGUUGUUAAUUACACAAAGUGCACGUUGCAGAUACACAAUCAUGGCACAGUAAUUUCCUUUAACGAUAGAGAUUGGGAGGGUAUAAUAUCAAAUUUAGGAUCAGGAGAUAAGGUGGAGUUUUUUGUGAGUUUUGGUCAUGGAUUGGUGGUCAAGAACACAGCUAUCUAUCUUAAUAUAUGGUGAACCAACAAAGGCUUGGAAAGGGGGCCUUGCACUGACCCAAAGGAAAAUGCUUUGAAUAAAUUCAUUAAGUAAAUCUUAAUGUGUGGCUUCUGUAAGUUAUUGUUCUUAUUGUUCUUCUUUGGGACAGAUAAGGAUCCCUUGAUGUAUGGAAUAAAAUCCUAGUGUCCUUGUUUAUAGUUUAGUUCUUUGCAUUGUCUUCUUGAGUCUGUUAGGUAGUAGUUUAUAGUUAAGAAUUCAAUAUUUAUUUUACUCUGUUUCUCUCUUCUUGGUGGUGUGAUAACCUUUCUUGUAUCCACUAUCUCACAUUAUUUUUCCACCACUCCAACUCUCUGUAUAUCUGCUCUGUUUUGCUCUGUCUGUCCACUUUAUCCAACUAUUUACAAAAUAUUUAUUACACUCACAUUAUACCUUAGUGUCA